UUUAUAUUUUCCAUUAUUACUAAUUGACAUUGACAAUGAAAAUCUGUUGGCUGACAAUAAAUGUUUUUUUUUGACAACUCAGGAAACCGUCUGGGGACUAAAUUUGUGAUUUCGUGAUUAUAAUUUAUUUUCUAGUCCUCAUAAAUUUAUUAUUAUGACAGAGACAGAAACGUCGCCAGUUCAUUCUGAUGAAAUAGAUAGUUUGUUUCCUCAGUAUACUCUUUUCAAUGUUAAAAUAGAUCCCGGCCUGCAAGAUGAUGAUGGUAUUGAGAUACCAAGACCUUUCACGAAAAAUCAAAUGCGAAAAUGGUUGAAAAAGGUUAAAUGGGAGAAUCGGAAAGCCAGAAAACGUGCCGCCGAAAAGGAACGAAGAAGAAAAGCACGCGAGGCUAAUAUAGACUUUGGUCCAAGCAGGAAAGCACUAAAGAAAAUGAAUCAAGAGCGAUCCAAACAAAAUAUAGGAGUUAUUAUAGACCUCAGUUUUGAUGAUUUGAUGAUUCAAAAGGAUAGGUUUAAAGUAAUUAAACAAAUAUUAAGGUGUUAUUCACUAAACCGGAGAUCAAACAUGCCUUUUUCUUUUUAUGUCACCAGUUUUGGUGGAAAAUCUAAAAAUGCUAUGUCAAGACACAAUGGUUAUGAACAUUGGGAUGUAGAAUUUCAUGAAAAAUCCUAUCUUGAACUAUUUCCUAAAGAGAAGUUAAUAUAUUUGACAAGUGAAUCAGACAAUGUAAUAGAACAUUUUGAUGAAAAUACAUUUUAUGUAAUUGGGGGCCUGGUGGAUCAUAAUAAACACAAGGGUCUUUGUCAUAAGAUAGCAAAUGAACAAGGGAUCCGACAUGCUCAAUUACCAUUAAAUAAAUAUGUUAACAUGAAGACAAGGAAAGUGUUGACUAUUGAUCAAGUUUUUGAAAUAAUUCUAAGAGUGUGUGAAGGAAUGUGUUGGCAAGAAACACUCAUCAAUGUUUUGCCAGAAAGGAAAGGAGCCCAUGCUUGUGAUGAUGAAGAUAAUUCUGGAUCAGACACUGCACAAAACGACAAGUUAGAAAAACAAACUUGAUUUAGUUUUAUAGUUAAUGCACAAUAAUAUUUAUAAUAAUUUUUAUAGCUGUAUUGCUGGACAUGAACCUCUUUUGUACAAAUUAUUAUCUUAUAUUUUUUUAUUAAGUACACAUAGUCAUUAAUUAUAAGAAAUAAAUGAAAUAAAUUCUUUGUGUUUUAUAUUUUAUAAUCACAUUUUUUUCUUAUCAACGUCGGAGCUGAUUCACUACGAAAAUUAUACAAGGGUAAAGAAACCCACAUUUACGUGAUGAUGUAAGUUCAAGAAGGUACCUACUUGUACUUUAAACAUUGAACUAUGACCAUAUCACAACUUAUUUUUAGUAGUAAAGCUCUAACACGUGUGAGUAAUAUCCUCUGUCAACAACGGCCAGAAUACUGAUCAAAAGCAGGGCCGUACGUAUAAGUAGGUACCUAAGCUGAUUUUACCAAAUGUUUUUAUGAAACCUGUUACAAAGAUACGUGUAAAAUUUUAAGUAGGUACCUUUUAAAGGUAUACUUUACAUGAACAAUUAAAAAUUUUCAAUAUAAAAUAUUAAAAAAUAACGAACAGUUUAAUAUAAAUUUUACAUGUCAUACGUUUUGAACCAAUAUUUUAAUACUUACAUUUAGUUCAAAAGUGGUGCCAGUGUAAACCUGGAACUUGUAAAAUAUUAUUUUAUCAUCAACUAUUUGUACCUACCUAGGUAAUAUAAGAACUAAUAAAACAUAUUGUAAAUAACAAUACAUAUAAUUUUGUAAAUAACAAUAAUAACAGAAAAUAAAAAUCACAGUGUCACUUUACUUACUUAACCAAAAUUAAUGAUCGUACGAGUAUAAUCAUGUCAUCAAAGUACCUGGUAACCGGAUUGUCUAAAUUAAUUUGUAAAUAGAUGUAAAUAGGUAUGUAAUUUACACUUAUCAUUUUCAUAUACUAUUUUCCUAUAAAAUUGUAUUUUUGUAGAAAGUCUGUAAUAUGGGGAAAAAUCAAUUCAGGAUUAUUCAAAUGAACGUGAUGUGUACCAGGGACAAAAUGGCAUUCAAAUUGUUCAUUGUUCCUUGCAAUGACUUCUCUCAUUUCUACCGAAAAUUCAUCUGAAGCGUACGGAGAAUCGAUAGCUUUAAAAUAUAGCGUCGGACAUUUCAACUUCUUUACCAAAGUUUC